GGCACUAUGCUUAUGCUUAUGCUUUUAAGAGUUAAGACACACAAACAACAUAAUUCACAAUUCACAACCAUAACCCUCUUUAGUCACAUGAAAUUCUUCUUCUUCCUCUCUUCUCAAUCUUUAUGAAUUACAACAUUAACAAUGAGACUUGAUCAUUCAAACAACACCAAGCUGUCAUGGUCCAAGAGAAUGGUCAGAAAGUUCUUCAACAUCAAAACCAAAACGGAGGACUCUCACCAACCAAAUGCUGUUUCUUAUGGUUAUGGAGUUGGUGACGUGGAAUACAGAAGCAGAAGCAGCUUCUCCGAGAGAGAGCCAUGCUCAAACAAGAAGAGCAAAACAGACAAGGGAGGAGGAGGAGGAGGAAGAAGAGGAAGAAUGAAUCUUGAGCAUCCUCGAAUCAUAGAUGUCCACAACUAUAGCAUUUUUGUUGCAACAUGGAAUGUGGCUGGAAGAUCCCCAACAAGUAAUUUGAGCAUAGAUGAUUGGCUUCAUGCAUCACCAGCUGCAGAUAUAUAUGUUCUUGGAUUUCAAGAGAUAGUUCCCUUGAAUGCUGGUAAUAUCUUAGGGGCUGAGGACAAUGGUCCUGCAAAAAAGUGGCUUGCUCUGAUUGGCAAGACUUUGAACAAUCUUCCUGGUGCUAAUGGAGGCAAUGUGUACUAUGCACCAUCUCCUAUUCCUCAGCCGGUUGUAGAAUUAGAUGCAGAUUUCGAGGGAUCGGCUCGACAGAAGAACUCUUGUUACUUUCAUCGCCUCUCUUUCCAGACAUCUUCUUCAACCAGCUGGAGAAUGGACAAUGAUCCUUCAACUGCGCAGCCACGGCUGGAUAGAAGAUUCAGUGUGUGUGAUCGUGUGAUAUUCGGUCACAGACCAAGUGACUUUGAUCCCAGUUUUAGAUGGGGUUAUAGGCCAAGUGACUAUUCCAGAACAAGUGACUAUUCCAGACCAAGUGACUACUCAAGAUGGGGUUCCUCUGAUGAUGAUAAUGGCCUUGGAGAUUCACCCAAUACAGCGUUUUCGCCAGCUGCCUCUAAUGAAGAUGGAUAUGGAAUGGCAGGGAGGUCAAGGUAUUGUGUUGUUGCAAGCAAGCAAAUGGUAGGAAUAUUUCUUACCAUAUGGGUUAGAAGUGAAUUAAAGGAUCAUGUUGGGAACAUGAAAGUGUCUUGUGUUGGCAGAGGACUCAUGGGUUAUCUUGGAAAUAAGGGGUCCAUAUCAAUUAGCAUGUCUCUCCAUGAAACAAACUUUUGCUUCAUUUGUAGCCACUUGACCUCUGGACAGAAAGAAGGAGAUGAACUUAGAAGGAACUCUGAUGUGAUGGAGAUUCUUAAGAAGACAAGGUUUCCACGUGUUCAUGGUUCUGACAAUGACAAGUCUCCGGAGACAAUCCUCCAGCAUGAUCGAAUUAUAUGGCUUGGAGAUUUGAAUUACCGGAUAGCUCUAUCCUACCGUUCAGCAAAGGCACUUGUUGAGAUGCAAAAUUGGAGAGCAUUAUUGGAGAAUGACCAGCUGAGAAUAGAGCAGAAAAAGGGUCGUGCAUUUGUUGGAUGGAAUGAAGGCAAGAUUUAUUUCCCUCCAACAUACAAAUAUUCAACCAAUUCUGAUAGAUAUGCAGGAGAUGAUAUGCACCCUAAGGAGAAAAGGCGAACACCGGCCUGGUGUGACCGUAUUUUGUGGCACGGUGGAGGACUCCAUCAAUUGUCUUAUGUGCGUGGAGAAUCAAGAUUCUCAGACCAUAGGCCUGUUUAUGGCAUAUUUUGGGCUGAAGUUGAGUCAAGUCAUGGAAGAAUGAAGAAAAGUAUGAGUUGUUCUUCUCGUUCCAGAAUUGAAGUGGAGGAACUUUUGCCAUAUUCCCAUGGAUAUACAGAAUUAACCUUUUUCUGAAGCAAGCAUGGUUUUACAUAUUUGAUGCUUCCAUGCAUAUUCAAAAAACUGGUCAAACAAGAACAAGUCACUUUGAAGAAAUUCAUACAUAAAUGGAGAGGUUGGUUGAUAGAGACAACCCAUUCCCAUAUACCGAAAAAGGUGCUAAUAUGUAAUUUCACCUUUGUCUAACGCAUGAUCAGUACAGUUCAUAAUCAUCAUGAAUGUUGUUACCUAAUCACGCCAGCUUCUAUCAAUUAACAACACUCACUUUCCGUUGUCUCAUAUACCUUCUUAUGACAAAUCACAGUGCUGCACAAUCAUUAGGAAAUGGAAGAGGAUGAUUUUUCAUUUUCUUAUUCAUCAUUCUUAAAUUGUUUCCAGAGAAUAUUUAUGAUGACUAAAAGAAGAUGAAAAUAUAGUCAAAAUAAUCAACAUUAUUAUUAUUUUUUUGUUCUUGUAAUAAUGCAUAGAAAAUGAAAAGAGUAGUUAUGAUGAUGUAUACUGAUAGCUACAGUGAUUGGAAAAGAAAAACUGUAGAAAGAAUUUGAAAAGAAAUGAUUUAGUUAAUUAAUGAAGAUAGAAUUUUCAGAGCCCCCCA